UUUAUAUAUUUCUAAAGAUUAUUCAAAUAUAUAAUUUAGAAUCUUGCGAAAUGAUUACUUUCACCAAAUCUCGUAAAGUUGCUCUGAAUUGGAAUCCAAUUGAAGUAGGAUGAAUUUUAUACUUUCUAUAUAGUGCACCUAACCUAAGCGGUGCAACAGCACGGGCACCACGUCCAUUCUUCUGACAGCGAGCUUCACAUGUGGCAAAUUGCACAAUUCUAAAUCUAAUUGCUGCAUUGCGAACAAAGAUUAAUUAAUUAAUAAUCAACAUGAAUUCGCAACUGACUGCUAAGGAAAUCCGUGCAAGCUUCAUUGAUUUCUUCAAGAAUAAGAAACAUGAAUAUGUGCAUUCUUCAUCCACCAUUCCAUUGGAUGAUCCCACUUUGCUUUUUGCUAAUGCUGGUAUGAAUCAAUAUAAACCUAUUUUCUUGGGAACUGUUGAUCCAAACAGUGAUAUGUCCAAAUGGGUGAGAGCUGUUAAUACACAAAAAUGCAUCAGGGCUGGUGGCAAGCACAAUGACCUAGAUGAUGUAGGCAAAGAUGUAUACCAUCACACAUUCUUUGAAAUGUUAGGAAAUUGGUCUUUCGGAGAUUAUUUCAAGAAAGAAAUUUGUGCUUGGGCCUGGGAAUUGCUAACUGUGGUAUUUAAAUUACCAAGUGAUAGGUUGUAUGUUACAUAUUUUGGUGGUGAUGAGAAAUCUGGGUUGAAGCCAGAUGAUGAAUGCAAACAAAUCUGGAUUGAUUUAGGUAUUAAACCUAGUCAUGUCUUGCCUGGAAACAUGAAGGAUAAUUUCUGGGAGAUGGGUGAAACAGGACCAUGUGGACCAUGUUCAGAGUUGCAUUUUGAUCGUAUUGGAAACAGAGAAGUACCUCAUCUUGUGAACAUGGAUGAUCCAGAUGUACUGGAGAUUUGGAAUUUGGUAUUCAUCCAAUAUAACAGGGAAACUGAUGGCAGUUUAAAAUCUUUGCCCAAAAAACAUAUUGAUUGUGGUUUAGGCUUAGAAAGAUUGGUUUCUGUGAUUCAGAACAAAAGAUCGAACUAUGACACAGAUCUGUUUGGGCCCCUCUUUGAAGCCAUCCAAAAGGGAACUGGUGCUCCAGCAUACCAAGGUCGUGUUGGCGAUGAAGAUGUUGAUGGCGUCGAUAUGGCUUACAGAGUAUUGGCAGAUCAUGCUAGGACAUUAACUAUUGCUUUAAGUGAUGGAGGAAAUCCAGACAACACUGGAAGAGGAUAUGUUCUGAGACGUAUUUUGAGACGUGCCGUCCGCUACGCCACUGAAAAACUUAAUGCAAAGCCUGGAUUCUUUGCUACUUUAGUAAAUACUGUUGUUGAAAUCCUAGGUGACACAUUCCCAGAAGUCAAGAAGGAUCCUCAAAGCAUUAUGGAUACAAUUAAUGAAGAAGAGGAACAAUUUUUGAAAACGCUAUUGAGAGGAAGAAAUUUGUUAAACAGAACUAUUGGAAAAUUGGGAGAUAGUAAAACUUUGCCAGGAGAUGUUGCUUGGAGGCUUUAUGAUACAUAUGGUUUUCCUGUUGAUCUAACCCAACUUAUGGCUGAAGAGAAGGGCUUAAAUGUUGAUAUGGAUUCUUAUGAAGAAUCUAAGAAACAGGCUCAACUUGCUUCACAGGGCAAAGGCUCAGGCGUGGAAGAUACAAUCAACUUGGACGUACACGCUAUCACCGACAUGCAAAACAAGGGCAUUCCACCAACUGACGAUUCUCCUAAAUAUAAUUAUACAGUUAGCAAUGAUUUGAAUGCGGAAUAUAGCUUUGCCCCAUGCGAAGCUUCUAUUAUUUCCAUUCGCUACAACAAGCAAUUCGAAAAUGAAGUCAGCACUGGUCAGGAAUGUGGAAUUAUUUUGGACAAAACUUGUUUCUAUGCUGAGCAAGGUGGUCAAAUUUACGACACUGGUUACAUGGUUAAAAUCGGAGAUGAAAGUGUCGAGUUUUCUGUUAAGAAUGUACAGGUCCGUGGUGGUUAUAUUAUGCACAUCGGCAGCGUUGAGGGUACUCUCAAAGUGGGAGAUAAGUUAGCGUUGAACCUUGAUAAAUCCAGGAGGCGUUUAGUUAUGAAUAACCACACUGGAACUCACGUACUAAAUUAUGCGCUGCGUAAAGUUCUGGGUACCGAGGCGGACCAGAGGGGAUCAUUGGUAGCUCCAGAUCGUUUGCGUUUUGAUUUCACUAAUAAAGGUGCCUUAACAAUUGAUCAAGUGAAAAAGACUGAACUUAGCUCCAAUGAAUUGAUUUCCAAGAACGACGAGGUAUUCGCUAAGGAAUCCAACUUGGGAGUUGCUAAAACUAUUAAAGGACUUCGUGCCGUCUUUGAAGAGACUUACCCAGAUCCUGUUAGGAUAGUUUCCAUCGGCACACCUGUCGAAAAACUGGAAAGCGAUCCUUUCGGUCCAGCAGGAGAAAAUACGUCCAUUGAGUUUUGCGGCGGAACUCAUUUGAAAUAUGCAGGUCAUAUUGGUGAUUUUGUCAUUGCAAGCGAAGAAGCCAUCGCCAAGGGCAUUCGAAGAAUCGUCGCUUUGACAGGACCCGAAGCAGCAAAAGCUUUGAAAAAGAACGAAUUGCUGGAAGCCAGUGUAAAGGAAAUUAACAAUCUGAUUACUGCGGACAAAUCUGGCUCCAAGUCUAAAGAGUACGUGAAGAAAAUCGUCGAAUUGACCGAGGAGAUUUCACAUGCUAUCAUUCCUUACUGGAGAAAAGAUGAGUUAAGAAAUGAACUGAAGAACCUGAAGAAAGCUUUAGAUGAUAAAGAAAGAGCUGGUAAGGCUGCUGUAGCCAAUAAAGUUGUAGAUGAAAUUAAGCAGCUUGUAACCGAGAAACCGAAUCAACCGAUUUUGGUGAAAGAACUAAAAGCUUUUUCAAAUACCAAGGCUUUGGAUUCUGCAUUAAAGCAAGUAAAAACCUUGAGUCCAGAAACAUCCGCUAUAUUCUUCAGUGUUGAUCCUGACUCUGGUAAAAUCUUCUGCCUUUCGUCGGUACCAAAGUCUGCGCAAGAAAAGGGGUUGAAAGCUAACGAGUGGGUGGCCUCGGUUUCGCCAGUUAUGGGAGGAAAAGGUGGUGGUAAACCGGAUUCCGCUCAGGCUUCAGGAACAAAUGCUUCAAAGCUGAAUGAAAUUCUGAGUUUGGCAGAAGAAUUUGCCAAAACCAAAUUGAAUUAAUUCCACAAUUGCAUUUAUUUAUUUUUCAGGCUUUAAAAAAUAAUUUGUUCAAAUGUUUCU